AUGUCGAGCGACGACAUUAAGAAGGACAUCAACCACGUGGAGGACCAUGUAGUUGCAGACUCCACCGACUUGGAUGACCUCGAUUCUAUCGAGCUCACCAAAACUGGCAGGUUCUCAUGGCUCGUCUCCAUCACGGCUGCCAUCGGCGGCAUGCUCUUCGGUUACGACACCGGCAUCAUCUCUGCCGUGCUGGUCUACAUCAACAAAGAUCUUGGCAAGGAUCUUACACCACAGGAGCGUGAGCUCAUCACUUCCAUCACCUCUGGCGGGGCCUUCAUCGGUGCCAUCUUCGCUGGUGCCACCGCUGAUCGCUAUGGUCGCAAGGUCGCCAUCUAUGUUGGUUGUGCCCUCUUCACUGUUGGGGCCAUCCUUCAGGCAGCCGCUUUCUCCAUUGCUCAGAUGACCGUCGGACGUCUUGUUGUAGGCUUCGGCGUGGGCUCUGCUGCUAUGAUUGUUCCUUUGUACAUCGCCGAAGUCUCACCUGCCAAAUACCGCGGCCGAAUGAUCGGUCUCGACAACUGCUCCAUCACCGGUGGCCAACUUAUAAGCUAUGGUAUUGGUGCUGGUUUCGCCUAUGUUUCCGGUGGCUGGAGAUAUAUGGUUGGAGGCGGUGCACUCCCCGCCAUCCUGCUCGGUGCUCUGCUGCCUUUCUGCCCAGAGUCACCCCGCCAGCUCAUCUACUUCGGCAAGAAUGAAGAAGCUGCCUCGGUCCUCCGGCGAAUCUACCCCAAUGCUACGGAACAGCAGGUUCAAGACAAGAUCCGCUUGCUCAACUAUCACGUCGAUCAGUCCAAGACCAUCAACGCUGGCAAGUCUGGCUGGUGGGUCUUCAAGCAAAUGUAUACUGUCCCCGCCAACCUCCGAGCCCUCUUUGCUGCUUGCGGUUUGAUGGCCAUCUCUCAGCUCACUGGUUUCAACGCCCUCAUGUACUACUCUCCCACCCUUUUCGCUACCGUCGGUUUCUCGAACCCCGUCGCUGUUGGAACCGUCAUCGCCGGCACCAACUUCAUCUUCACCCUGGUCAAUCUCUUGCUCGUUGACCGGGCUGGUCGCCGUAGGGUCCUGCUUUGCACUGUGCAGUUCAUGGGUCUCGCAUUGCUCGUCGCCGCAGUCUGCUUCAAGUGGAUCCCUGUCAACAAGGAUCUCAGUGUUACCACUGAUGGCAGUAUUGGAUGGCCUGCUAUUGUCGUCCUCAUCAGCAUGGUCCUCUUUGUCGGUUUCUACUCUUCCGGUAUUGGAAACACUGCCUGGCUCAGCAGUGAAUUCUUCCCUCUGGAAAUCCGCGCCAUGGGAACCAUGAUGCUUACCAUGACCUGCUGGGGAUCUAAUAUCAUUGUUGCCUCUACCUUUUUGACUCAGCUGCAGAGCAUGACGCCAAGUGGUACCUUUGGCUUCUAUGCCGGUCUCUGUCUGACGGGCUAUGCUCUGAUCUACUUCUUCUAUCCCGAGGUCAAGGGCAUGACUUUGGAGGAUAUCCGCGAGGUCUUCCAGGAAGGCUUUGGUGUUGCAAAGGCCCGCGAGAUCCAGAAGCGCAUGAAGGAGGCCCGAAAGGCUGUGGCCACCAAGGCUUAA